CCAUAUCACUGGGAGAUGGCGCUUGUCUUCCCCAUUCAGACACUGUUGCCUAGCAACAGAACUCAAACUUUCUGUUCAGACCAGCUGUAAAUUUCACUCCGUUGUCACAAUUGAGGAUGAGUGCUGGACGGGCCUCCGAGGGCGCGGGCUGCAUCACCUGGUGGGGCUUCAGUCCCGCUCGAGACCUCCUGAGCACGGGCCCUGUGAGACCUGAAGGGGAGGUCAAUGUUUUACUGGUUGGCAGUGGAGACCUACGACAUAUUUUGAAGACCAUUGCUGGUUUGCAGAGCAAGAAAAGCCUACAUGUGUGGGUGAUAGAAAACAGCAUGGAGGAGGUGGCUAGACAGCUUCUGCUCCUCUACUUGGCACUGAUGCCCCAGGAAAGCAUGGGAAACAAUGAGAAGACGGAGGUAUUCCUGGAGGUGUUUGGGAACAGUGAGAUCCGCAGUCAGACAGAAGAGAUACUGAGACAUGCAGCGUCACAGCUCUCUCUGUCUGUUACUGAAUCACUGGAGACAGCCACACACACCUGCCUGAACACAACGCUUCUCAAGUUUAAGGAGCGAGAUGAGCUGGCCAGGAUAUUGAAGUUGUGGAUCCAGCCUCAGACUUCAUCAUCUAUCUCAAUGUCGAAGGCCUGGGAUUAUCGGGUCAGGCAACACCUUGGAACACGCUACAACUCCAAGGGGGGCAGCUUCGACUGGGACCUUACGAUGAAACUGCACGAGAAAGGGUGUGGUGCCAUCAACAAACAGCAAUAUGUGCGAUGGAGGGAACGAGGUCUGGCGUUCGAAAUGAGGGAAGGUGUCUACCAAACAGCCAAUCCAACUUUGCUCUCUUCACGAGUGUUCAAUCAGAAAGGGGACAGAGUGGCUGUCCGGGGCUACUGGGGGGACAUUGUUUCCAGUCCUUACCUCGCCUUUGGCAUAGAAACUGAAGACAAGAGCCUGCUGAAGACACAGAAUGGGCAAUACAUCAAGACAGCCCAGGAUAUCUCCAUUGCAAAUGUACAGGCAUUGUUCCAGUCCCUGUCCAGUAGACGGGGCUGCCCCACUACUUCUCAGUCAGACGCUGAAGCACUGCAGCCAUCCACACAGACUGACCGAAAAUCUAUCACCAUCACUGACUUGAUGUGUCUGAAUGGGAUCUCUGUGACCUUCCUGCCUAUGGAUUCACUCCACAAACUGCCACAAAAACAGAAAUAUUCACACUUCUUCAACUCAAUCUACUUCUCUGCCAGCUGCGUGCACCAGUUGGGCCCAACAAUGAGACAGAUUGCAGCACCAGACGCUGUGCUCGUCGUGGAGUUGGCCAAGUACAUUUUGGAUCUGAGCAAAGUGCAGGAAGCAGGCUUUGCAAAGGAAGUGUUGCGCAUCGCUCUAGAGGCUGAAUUUGAACCGUGGCUUGAGGGGAAGAUUGAUGAUGUCCACGCUGUUUUCAUACCACGGAAGAAGUGAAGGUGGUUAAUGCCCUCACACGCUGCUGCUCUGCUCUCUCUGCCCGGCGGCUCUCCUAUAACAGAAAAACCACGCCAGCUGGACUUUCACACAUGGCUCUUUCAUCACUAUUAUUCUGAACAGUCAGUGUAUCCUGACAAAUCUCUCUUUCAGACAAAUAAAUGGAGAAAACAGCAUGGGAAAGGCAGUACAAUCCUGUCUUUGAGUCCUAUCAGCUCCUCUUCCUCCUUCUUCCUCUGCUCAAAGUGGACAUCAAUCAGAGUCUGCAGCUCCAGGAGGUCUUUCUCCAUCCUUUUCCUGUGGAUAUCCUUAUAGGGAACAGUGGAUACACAGAUGAAGAUGAUUUGAUGCUGUAAUCAUGCAAUUGUUCCAUUAACAAUAAUCUUGAAGGAACAUACAUCAAAGUCAACCCUCUCCCCCUCAGGGAUUUUGGGGGCAGCUAGCUGCGUGACCACUGGCCUGUAAAAUAACACGAUAAGAUAAGAUUAUUUUUACUUAAGUGCAACACAUUUAGUGGUAAAAUCAGACGAUAUUCUUUGGUGUUGAGUAUUCCCAUGUAGGCUUACUUGUAUUUGGGGCGUUCUUCUUCAACAUGAUAGCCAGAGCAGCGAUGAAAAAGUGAGUCAGGUCAUUUUUUGACAGUUACAUUUUAAAACACAUCAGAAAAAAAUUAUGCAUGUUAACUAUAAUAGGCAAAAGGCAUAAAUAUUUAUUUUUUUAAUUGUUGCCACUGUUCAUACCACUGACUUGUUAACUGCCCUACAAAAGAUAAACAGCUUAUCAUACUGUUUCACACUACGUCUAGAGACAAUUUAAGGCUUAAGGUUGCCUGCUCAUUUUGAAUUCAAAUUCAAAGUUCUUGUCUUUUACUGUGCUACCAGUGAUUGACUGGCAAAUCAGCUAAAAACUAUGUGUAAAUGGGACGGAUUACAAAAUGUAAAUCAGUAUUUACAUUUUAAAAGCUGUCCUGAAGGGGUUCUUGUUCUGCACUUUCAUAGCGUGUAUCUGAAUGUGUUAAGGAAAGGCUAAUAAAAUCAACACACUGUCUCA